AUGAAGGCCACUCAUAAAGAUCGAUCUAAAUAUUGCAUGUUCCAUAAGGACUACGGUCAUGACACGGAGGACUACCAUGACCUCCAGAAUCAAAUAGAGGUGCUGAUCCAGAGAGGUCACCUCGGACGCUACCUCAAAUCCCUAGAGGUGACUCCAUGCCCCAAGGGACCCGUUGAGAGACAAAUCGACGUCAUCUCCGGGGGACCAGCAGCCGGUAGCAGCAGCUCUCCGGCGAGAAAGGCCUACGCCUGCAACACGAUCGCCAAUGCUCGAGUCAAGAGGGUGAUGGUUGACAUCGGGAGCUCCGCCGACGUCCUUUACUUCGACGCCUUCAAGAGGCUUGGCUUGACCGAGGGAGACCUUACCCUUAUGACAUCAGCCCUCACAGGAUUCACAGGGGGUUCUAUCUCUUCGCUCGGAACCACAGUCCUCCCUAUCACUAUUGGGGAGGAGCCAAUGGCGAAGACGAUAAUGACAACCUUCAUGGUAGUUGAUAUGCCCUCGGCCUACAACAUCAUCCUUGGCCGCCCAACGCUCAACAAGAUAAAGGCGAUGGUUUCCACCUACCGUAGGACCAUCAAGUUUUCGACCUUAGUAGGGAUCGGGGAGGCCCGAAGUGACCCAGGGGAGUCAAGGCAAUGCUACCUCAUCGCGGUUACUCUCCCAGGAAAGUUGCGCCCAACUCCGAUUCCCGAUCCCCGUGAAGAACCCGUACUGCAAGUGCCACUAGAGCCUCUCGAGCCACUCAUCGAGGUACCCUUGAAGAGGAGCCGACCCGAUCGGACCGUCAAGGUCGGAGCCACUCUCCCCGAAGCGGACCAGCUCCACCUCAUCGAUUUCCUGAGGAAGAACGCCAACAUGUUCGCGUGGUCCCCCGAGGAGAUGCCCGGGAUCGACCUAGAAGUGGCCUGA